ACCUAGGUGGUCAAGAGGCAAAAGUUUAAUCUGCAAACGUCCGUCUUUCCAUAUUAGCGCGCACAGGCCCAUUAUUUUGGCAGCUGCAGCAACCUCGUGAUCGGUCCACUGAUUACCAGUACGGAGUACCUACCUACCUACCUAACCUACCCCCGCCCAGAUACACUUCGACUGCCUACCCAGGACUAUUCAAUUUGCGACUCUUCACAAAUCUUGCUUCUUAAACAUAGCUUUUGUCGCAUACCCAUUACCUUGCUCAGCCGACUGUCGCCCCGACGAGGCGACAAACAUACCGAGUUUUACACUUUCAAACUUCCAAUCCUGAGUAGCAGAGAGAGAAGCCAUGUUUGACGUCUUCGCCAAGCUGUUAUCCUCCAUCGCAUCCUUCCUGUUCCCUCUCUUCGCCUCUUAUAAGGCUCUCAAGACAUCUGAUCCGGCGCAGCUGACGCCAUGGCUGAUGUACUGGGUCGUUCUGGCCUGCGCGCUCCUCGUUGAGUCCUGGACCGAGUGGAUCCUAGUCUGGAUCCCCUUCUACGCCUACAUCCGCCUCCUCUUCCUCCUCUACCUCGUCCUCCCCCAGACCCAGGGCGCCCGCGUCAUCUACCAGACCCGCAUCCACCCCUGGCUGGCCGACAACGAGGGCGCCAUCGAGGACUUCAUCGCCUCGGCCCACGACCGCCUCCGCUCCGCCGGCGUCUCCUACCUCAAGCGCGCCAUCGACAUCGUCAAGACCUCCGUCCUCGGCCUGCCCCCCGCGGAGCCCCGAGCCGCCGCAGCAGCAGCUCCGGCCCAAGGCGGAACCCCGCAGUCCUACACCCAGGCCCUGCUCGCACGCUUCAGCCUGCCCAGCGCCAGGUGGACCGGCGGCGACGGCACCGGCGCCGGGGCCGCGGGCGCGGGCGACUUCUACGGCCUUCUGGCAUCGGCGGUGAGCGCCGCGGCGGGGGUUGCGACGUCGGGGGGGUCGGGGUCGGGCUCGGGCUCGGCCCGGGCUGCCGGCAGCGACGCGCCGGCGGAGCGCAUCAGCUUCAUCGCGGCGCAGCGGGAGAAGCUCGGCGUCCUGCUGUCGGCGCUGGACCGCGAGGAGACGCAGCUGCGGGCCGAGGAGUCGACGACAAGAGGUGGCGGCGGCGACUCGACGCCGCUGGGGGGCGCGCCGCUGACUAAGAGCCGGAGCGAGGCGGACUUUGAGAAGCUCGAGGCGGAGAGUGGCGAGGAGGGCGAUAUGGAUGAGGCGGGGGUGCGGAGGCGGGCGCCGGUCACGCCAGGGGGUGGGAGCUGGGUGCCGUGGGGUUGGGUCGGGUCCGGUGGUUCCGGUGGUUCGGGGGGUGCUGGUGCGGGUCCGGAGGGCGGGAAGAGCUCUGGUUUUGAGACCUAGGCUCUAAGCCUGGGCUGGUUGAGAGGGUUUACUGGUUUGUUUCGGCGUUGUAUUAAAUCGGAUUGGUUUCGGAACCUGAUAGAUUAGCGGCGUAAGGGCUGAUUCGGGAGCUAGGUGCCCAUGGGGCUGUAACAACCCCUUAGCGCACUGCCUGUAUUGUUACCCAUCUGAGAGGAUGUCAACCUCCCCUCGUUUAACUGCUAGCUAUAAUGGCUUGACUGCCCUUCAGCGACCUGUCUGUUCUCUUGA